AUUGCGGCGAGAUCGUGAGAGUGUUUUGCGACAAAAAAAUCGUCGUUUUCGACGAGGGGAGUCUCCUGCUCCCAAGUAUUUUGGCCUAUAUUUUCCAACAAUAAUUCUUGUCAUUAAAAUUUGAGAAAUUACUGUUAUUUUACGGUUCUUUCUUGUUUGUGAUUUUAUAAACAUGGCUUUUUAAAAUGUCUGUCUUCAAAUUGUGCGUAGCCACUCCUUGUGGAGGAGCUUCAAACUCCAAUAAAUCAAAACUAAGUAAUACUGGAGGACGUGGGGAUGGACAAAAAAGGAAAUCGCAAUUUGCCACUGGCAAAAGGCUCAACUACUGAUUCCAAAAAAGAUGGCGUCAGCAGUAGACCGUGGCUCGGCGGCAGUAGACGCCGCGAGUCUGCGGGCAGCAGUCUAUCCACCAAAUCUGAAGUAUCCCGCAAACCCCAACCGCAUCGUGUUAAGCCUUUCGACAAACGACCCCGGCCCCGUGGUGGUGGGGGUUACAAUUCUGGAGCUGUGGCUCGAAAUGAGACAUUAUGGGUAGAAGAGGAACAACAAGUGGAAUUGGGUUCAGUUUUUUUACCAGGCAGUAAGAAGCAGAGCCUGAAUCACCUGUUGAAUUUCUCCUACACACCAAGGGAGAGGGGGAAUUAUCAAUCUGAUAGAGGGCACCAUGGUAAUAAUGGGAAUAGAAUGCUGGGGACCAAGAAGCAUAAAUAUAAUAAGGAGCAUUUUCUACAAGCCAAUUGUCAAUUUAUUGUAAAAGAUACUGGAGAUUACAAGCAAUACUUGAACAACCCAGAUGCCUUAGUAGACUGGAAUUUGGUUGAACAAGUGAAUGUCCAAGUAUCAGAAUUUCCAUCUUGUCCGAUUUGUCUUUAUCCACCAGUGGCAGCUAAAAUGACUCGUUGCGGCCAUAUUUAUUGCUGGUCUUGUCUUCUACAUUAUUUGUCCUUAUCAGAUAAACCUUCUAGAAAGUGUCCAAUCUGCUUUGAUAAUAUUCAAAAACAAGACUUAAAGAGUGUAAUUGCGAUUCCCCAUGCAACUUUCAACACAACUGAAAUAAUAACCUUCAAAUUAAUGAAGAGGCCCAGAGGCUGUCUAAUAGCUUAUCCUGCAGACACCAACAUUAAAAAUGAAAAUGUUAUUUUUAACAUGUCUGAGAGUAAUGCUAAAGAUGUUUAUUCCAAAUUACUUCUUGCUAGUACAGUAGACGUUUUAUCAAUUAUUGACAGAGAAAAUAAUGAAUUAGUAUUACAACUUAAAGAUGAUGAUUCACCUGAACGGUGUUUCAUCGAACAAGCUGUGGUCCUACUGAAAGAGAGGGAAAGUACCUUAAAUUUGGACAGAACCGACAGUGAUCAAAAUAAAAUUGAUCAGAUAGAAGAGUUACCAAUUGAAACUUUGUUGGAAGAAUUGGAAAUAGAUAACGAAAAAAGUUCAAUUGACACUGAUGAAAAUUUAGAAGGUUCUUCUAGCAGUCAACCUUCCAAAUAUUUUUACUUCUAUCAAGCUUCUGAUGGUCAACAUAUUUAUCUCCAUGCUAUCAACGCCAGAAUGUUGGAAUACACUUAUGGUUCUUUAGAGUUUGGCCCAAAAACCUUGACUGGCAAAAUACUUGAAAAAGAAGGUGGGUCUAUGACUGAAGACCUCAGAAAAAGACUUAGAUACCUUCAACAUUUACCUGUUACCUGUCAGUUUGAAGUUGCUGAAAUCCAACUUAAAUCACCAAUUAUCAACAAAGAAACCUUUGAACACUUUCAUGAACAAUUAGAGAUUCGCAGGAAAAGACGCCAAAAACGUGCAAAAGAAGAAAAACGCCGUGAGAAGCGUAUUGAAGUUGAAGAAAAUCGUAAAAUGGGAAAAUAUUCUCAUCCCAAUUUACAUUUAGAAUCAAAUAUUCAAUUCCCCGAAUUUGGUGUCGAGUCAAGAUUACGAACAGAAUCUGAAAGUACUAUUCUUAGUGAAAGAAGUGGAUCCCCUGAUUUAUCUGGAUCAUCAUUUAAUACAUCUCUUGAAACAAACAAUUCUGGACCUUCUUUUGCAAAGAUGCUGACAAGUGAGAAAAAAGCGACACCUGCUUGGCCCUCCUUGAAAUCUGCUUCAGCAUCAUCAUCAUCUGAGCCUGUAAAGUUGAUAAACGUCACUGGUUCCAAAAUGAAAUCAAGGAUGAUACGUCCACCUAGCGACAGUGAACCAGAAACUGAAGAUUAUGAACCAGUACCAUCUUUCAAUAGAAGUUUUGGAGAUGUCUUUGCUAAUGCAUUUAAACAAGCAAAGAAAUAAAAUUUUAAAACUUAUGGAAAAAGAAUAACUAGAAGAUUCAAUUUGUGACUGAUAUGGCUUAUCACAAAAAUAACAUAGAAAUGGUAUAAUACUUAGUAAGUGUAGGAAAUUACCCUAAAACAAAAUGUAAAAAAAAUUGUUUUAUGUUACAUUAUUUUAAUUUUUUUGUUACAGUCCUCCAGUUUUUAUUUGUUUAAAUAAAAAAAUUGUGACUAUAAUUUAAUAUUUUCUGUUUAAUAAAAUAAAAGACAAGUUGCUUCCUGUUUUUGUCCAUUUAUUUGUUUCACAAAAACAUAAAAAGGUAAAGUUAAACUCUCUUGAAG